UCUAUUAUAUAACAUGAUCGCCUGUCACUUCCGUGCAUUGAACAUCAAGUGGAACGUUAGUGGAUUGACGAAUGGUCCUGAUUGGUUGAAACUUUUGGUUUAUCUGCACCUCUAAUUGAUGAAAGGUUAUCCAGAGACAUAUCUAUCGACGCAUGUUCAGAUUUUGAAUGAAUUAUCCACCUAGACAGGUUUUUCUUCUCAGUGGACAGAAGUCAACUUUAUUGAGGAUAAAUUUUGCUGAGUCAGUUGAGUUAAAGCCGAGGCUGAGAUCGCAUGAAUUGUUGCUGGUAGGCACAACCAUAGACAGAGACUGAUACUAUAGACGAGCAAAGAAACAGAUAAUGCCGGUUCUGAAUGUAUUCGACUUACCAGGUUCAGGUCGUUGCUAAUUGGCUGAGUUAAAAGGAGCAAACUCCACUUUACAAUACAAGGCCAUCACGUUAAUUUUGCAACCAUGGAUGAUAUUUUAAAUGCACAGGCAAGGGAUGAAGAUGAUUUCUACAAGUUGCUGGGGUGCGAUGAGUUGUCCACAACUGAGCAAAUAAAUACUGAAUUCAAGUUGAAAGCACUUAUUGCCCAUCCGGAUAAGAAUCCUGAUGAUCCAAAUGCAGCAAAGAGAUUCGCUGAGCUGCAACGAGCCCGGGACAUCCUGACGGAUGAUAAACGACGCCAGGAGUAUGACUUCUGGAGGCGGAGUGGAAUCGCCGUCCCGUACAGUUCCUGGAUUUCAAUGAAGGAUGCCAUGCAUACUUCCAUGCACUGGGCAGUGAAGAAGAAAAAAGACCUGAUGCUAGAGGAAGACCCAGACAACCUCACCGAAUCUCCUGGGGACAGUGACAUGAAUGCGUCCUCCUGUACACACACAGCGAUUCCUUCAAGCUGUGGUCAGUCCAGACGAUUCAUCCCUGCUAGUUGGACCAGGGAGCCCGCCAAUGACAUCCUCCAGAAGUUCAGAAAUUAUAAUUUAUGAGUUUGAGGUUGUACUCAUCAACAUCUUCUCACAGCCGUAUUCUCAUAGGAAGGUUAAUAACAUAUAACUUGAGCCAUACGAACGGCUCGCGCAAAACAUGUACAUUCGUCAUGCAGUUCACUUUGGAUCAUUUUCAUGCAUUGUCAUGCAGUUCUACAAAUAUUUUUUAGAUAACUUGGACAAGGAUAAGCACGAGUUCCAUGACGUGAAUUUAUCUGUAACACAUCCCAACACUCUCUCAUCUUAAGCAGGCCUUUGUUUAAUUGUGAGGUAAUCAGAUGUUACCUGGAAGUAUCCUUUUUGAUUUUCAUGUCUUGUAUCUACCUUGAUAACUUAGUCAGCUGUAAAGGUUGUGAUACGUGUAGCGCUGUGUAUUGAAAUGGUCCCUUUGUGAGUUAUGUAUGCUGUUUUAGGUCACAUGCAUGCCCUCAAGUCGUACUUACUAGUCAAGUAUAGGCUCUGCAAUGGCUACUGGUUGUCAAUGGUCUUAUGCAGUGAAACUGACUUCUCAAGUUACUUCUGAAUUUGUUGUAGUGACAGACUUACUUACUCCAUAACAUGUAAUACACGGUGGCGUAGUGGGAAGGGGGAGCUGGGGGGCAUGUGCCCCCUAUAAAUUCCCGGUGCCCCCCACAC